UUGAUAAGCAAUCGUGGUUAUAACUGUAUUAUAUUGCAAGUAGAAUUCAAGGUCGAGGAUUAUUUCCUCCGAUCAACAAAGUAUUUAAAUAUAAUUUGAUAUUUGAGCCCUAGUGAUGAGUGGGAAGUUCGAACGGCGGGGAGGAACACACACAAUUGACCAUGAAUGAUAAGUUCGAACGAGUUUUUUUUACUAUCUUCUACAAAGUUGAAAAAUAUUUUUCUUUCAAAAACGUACCGUGAUAGCUGUAAUGACAUAGUAAUGACGUAACCAAGGUCCGAGUUUGUGGCUAACCUAGCCUAUCGAGUUCAGUUUUAUCCUUGUCUUAUAUGGGAGCUUGCGCAAGUGUGCGAGACACGUGUCUAAUUUUUCACUUGUAGUUAUCUCGCUACACUCGGAUGCGCCCGAACGUAGCCUUUGGUUGUAUCUUUUUCGACAGUUAAAUUAUGUGCAUGUAUACAUACGUAAAAUCGAAGGUUCGCACCGUCAUUCCAUGAAGGCGGUGAUCAUUGAAAAUUUACUUAAUAUUUAUUUUGACGGUUAGGACAUAGGUGGUCGCGCGGUUAGGUUGGCAUACGUUGCGUCACUGGCGUAGUGACUUGCGUUGAUGUAAAUUGGAGGUAACGAACGAAGUAGAAUUGUAAGAAAACAAAAACGAGUGAUAAACACCGGGUAAUGUAUUCAAGAAUUCAAAUGCAUUCCAUCGAAAGCGAAUGAAAACCAGAUACCAAUUAAAGUCCAUAGUGAGGGAACCGAAAGGGAGUUAAGGCAAAAAUGGCACCUGCACUUAGUAAAUUUGUAACAAAAAGGUCAAUCGCAGGAGCGAUAAGUGUCAGCGCAAUAAUUUGGCUGCUGAACAAAAAAACGAAAAAACGGACAUCGAAACUUAGACAUCAACAGACAAACAACGACAUUCAGUAUGUCAUUAAAGAGGACAAACCAAAAUCGCCCAAAGCUCACGUUAACGCAGAAUUCUUCAGGCAGCUACGCCAGCUUAUUGCUAUUGGCGUUCCAGGAGUUUUUUCCACAGAAUCGGGAUACUUACUCCUGAUAGCUGUGGCUCUCGUUGUCAGAUCGUUUUGUGAUUUAUGGAUGAUUAAUGCCGGGACGCUUAUCGAAUCGUCUAUAGUUAGUAUGAAUGGACCUUUAUUUAGAAAACGACUUUUCUGGUUCUUCUCCGCAUUGCCGUUGGUUUCAAUAGUGAACAAUAUACUGAAGUAUGGUAUUGGCGAAGUGAAACUUAGGUUACGCACUAACAUUACACACCACCUUAUGGAUAAAUACCUCAAGGGUUUCACAUACUAUAAAAUGUGCAACUUGGAUAACCGCAUUGCAAAUCCAGACCAAUUGCUCACAACAGAUGUUGAUAAAUUCUGCGAAAGUUGCACAGAUUUGUACAGUAAUAUUGCUAAACCUCUACUGGAUAUAUCUAUUUACGUAUACAGACUCACGUCCACUCUCGGAGGACAGACACCCCUGCUUAUGCUGGGUUACUUGUUGGGAGCAGGAACGUUUUUAACGCAUCUUCGUAGACCAAUCGGGUCAUUGACUGUGACGGAACAGCGACUUGAAGGGGAAUAUCGUCACAUUAACUCACGCCUGAUAGUCAAUUCAGAAGAGAUUGCUUUUUAUCAGGGAAAUAAUCGUGAGAAGCUCACCCUCCUCACCAGCUUCCAAAAAUUGAUCACACAUCUACGAAGGUUCCUUGAGUUUAAAGUAACUUUGGGAGUAGUGGACAAUUUUGUUGGGAAGUAUGCGGCAACGAUUGUCGGUUUUUAUGCAGUCAGCAUUCCCUUCCUCCAAAAAAAUCAUCCGAUACUGAGUGGAACCCCUGAUCAUCGUUACAAGAGUUACUACACAUAUGGCCGAAUGUUGAUAAAGUUGGCGGAAGCUAUCGGCAGGCUGGUACUUGCAGGAAGAGAGUUGACACGACUGGCCGGUUUCACAGCCAGAGUUACAGAAAUAAGAACAGUCUUGAACGACCUGAACUCAGGGAAAUAUCAGCGAACUAUGGUGGCAGACAAUAAGUCCGAACCGGUUGGCGCACCAGGAGCAGGAAAAAUAGUUGCUAAGGACAACAUAAUAAAAUUCGAGCAUGUGCCUUUAGUUACACCAAACGGUGAUGUACUUGUAAAAGAUUUAUGUUUUGAGGUGAAAUCUGGCAUGAACGUUUUGGUCUGCGGUCCAAAUGGUUGUGGAAAGAGUUCCCUAUUCCGAAUUCUCGGCGAGCUUUGGCCAGUCUGGCGAGGAAUUGUAACUAAGCCACCAAAGGGGAAAUUGUUUUACAUCCCGCAAAGACCGUACAUGACGUUGGGUACGCUCAGAGACCAAGUAAUUUACCCUCAUACAAGAGCCGAAAUGCUGCGACGAGGUAAUUGUAAUGACGCCGAUCUGGAGGAGUUCUUAAAUGUGGUGCAACUUGGUCAUCUGCUGGAAAGAGACGGUCAAGGAAAGGGGAAAGGACAGGGUUGGGACACCGUUGCCGACUGGAUUGACGUUUUGUCAGGCGGAGAAAAGCAGCGCAUUGCGAUGGCAAGGUUGUUUUAUCAUGCACCACAGUUCGCCAUUCUCGACGAAUGUACGAGUGCAGUUAGCGUGGAUGUCGAGGAUUCCAUGUAUUCUUACUGCAGACGAGCUGGUAUUACUUUAUUCACCGUUUCUCACCGAAAGUCCCUUUGGAAACACCACGAGUAUUACCUUCAAAUGGAUGGUAGAGGCUCGUUUGAGUUUAAACAAAUUGAGCAAGAUACGGAAGAAUUUGGAUCAUGAAUUUUAUUGUGAAUCGUAAUUCUCUAUAAGGUGGUAUGCAUUAAAUAUACAUAUAUAAUAGAUACAAUUACAAGAAUUAUAGAACAAUUAUGAUAAAUUAUCAAAUCAAGCAUCUAACGAAUGAUCCCAGAAAUUAAAAUUCGAACGUAAUCGAUUUUAGAGAGUAGGAUUUGAGCUCAUAUUAUACGCACACAUCUCUGUAGGCAUAGAAGAUAUUUUUACACAGGUCAACUAUAAAUACGUCGUCAAUACUUGAAAACCGGGCUGUAAAAAUAUACGUACAAUGAUUUUUUAAUAAUUUCACUAUGGGGAAAUUUCGAAAAUCUAAAUCAAGUUUUACAGAAAUAUAAUGGUUAUCAUUAUUUAGAACAUUUAGGAAUAUUAUCGCAACUAUUGUAUUAUCGGAUAGUUUCAUGAUAAUGUUUAGCAAACAAAUUGUCUCACAAUCAACAGUUCACAGGCUAUGGGAUUUUUGAAUUAAGUUGAUGCAAGUCAAAAUUUUCACCACUCUAUCUCCUCUUACAAAUAUACAGGGGAUCUCUGAUGAAAGGGCAACCUCUGAGCUCACCGCUAGCGCUAACCACAUGUACAAGUUUUUGUUCACAGCAUUUAUCUGCUAUGCUCGGGUCACGUAAAAGUUGCUACUCGCGUGGGUUGGAGAUUGCCUUUUGACCAGACAUUCCCUGUAUAUGAAGAAUAGAAAUGGAAGGGAACAAUAUUCUGAAUGGGUAUAGGAGAGAGUUUGGUAACAUCGGGAAUCUAUAAAUUAUCGGGAAUGAGUACAUAGAGAACAAGGGGUGUAUAUCAGUUUAAUACUGUGUGUCCUGUUAAAUUACGUGAACAAUACUUAAAGUAAUCGAAUUUGUGCCGAGAUAAAGUAAAAAAACAAAUUUACGUUAGUAUCAAAUAAAUGGUAAAUAUAACUGUAUAUAUUAUACUAUAUUCAUACAGGUGAAUCAUGGAUAGUUUAGGCUACCACGAUGCUCAGCCACGGCUUGAUUCCAAAACUAAUGUGUUCAAGAAGGGAUCGUUAGGCUACGUUUUAUAGAUAAUAAUUACUAGCGUAUAACAUCACAAGCAUUUGAACUCUUUUAAAAAAAUUUAACGCCAUUUAAUGGCGUUAGGGUAAGAACAAGAAUUUGUCACUUGUGAAUUUGUAAGCUUUAGACCCUUAAAUCUAAGAUUAGGAGGGGAUGUAAUAAAUUGUACUGUAGCAAUCAGACCAAACGUUUUGACCGAGUGACAAUGAAAAUUAAAUGAAACGCGUUGCAUUAUCGUUGAACGUAAAUAUUUUGUUCAAUGAACAUCUUCUGGAAUAAGAUGUAAGAUUAUUGAUAGAAAUGAAAAUUUUGCGUCUCAGCAAUUAGUAAUUAAUUUGAACAAUUUUAAACAAAAGUUUUUUUACUGCUUGUUUAUUUGAUCUCUCAUUAUUAAAUACAAUUCAAAUAUUAAUAUAUUCGACAUAGUGUAAUUUUUAAGUAUAAAAUCAGUUGCGAAAUAUCGUAUUCGAAAAAAUUAAUACCGCCUCUAGAGACUGUACUUUACAAUGCCACAGUUAUCUUAUAUCCAGCUUAAAUGCGAAAAGACCUCUACUCGCGGAAAUAAUAAUUACACAUUUAUAUUCUUCUUCCAAAAAUUACCUCCUAUUUUACUCUCGGUAGUAAAAUCACAUAGAAGUCUAACGAAAAUUAUAAGGUUUCAGUUAACACUGAGUACAGUUGUAUAUUAUGUAUACAUAUUUACGACGGAGACGAUUAAUUACAAUUAUUGUUAUAUUGUUAAUUGUUAUGUGCAGAGCACAUUGUAUAUUUAUAUAACGUAAUAAUUUUAACAAAAAUGUCAUCACAAUAACCAUAGUCUUAACGAUUUUAUUAUUAGUAUACAUGUAUAUGGAAUUGCUGGCCAACGGGUAAAAAUAUUGAAACAAUUUUUUUAUAUUUAAAUAAAGAUCACUUUCCGAAGAAAA